AUGGGUCCAAAAGCAAAAUCAAAAUCAAAACCGAACACCACCACAUCGGAACCGAAACCACCGAAACUAUCGAAGUCAAAAUCAAAGAAAUCGAAAUCGAACACCACCACAUCGGAACCGGAAUCAUCAAAAUCGAGCUCCAGCCUAUCAGAACCGAAAUCAAAGAAAUCGAAAUCCAGCAUAUCAGAACCGAAAUCAAAGAAAUCGAAAUCAGACACCAGCCUAUCAGAACUAAAACCAUCGAAAUCAUUGAAAUCGAAAUCGAAACCGACCACCACCACAUCGGAACCGAAACCGAACACCAAACAGUCGGCCGCGGCCGUGGUCAUCCAGGCCUGGUGGCGGGGCACUCUGGUCCGCCGCACCCUGCUGCACGCUGCCCUCCAAGCGUGGAUCAUUCAGAGUUGGUGGAGGCAAAAGUUGGCGCAGCUGACGGAGCUGAGGCGGCGGAUGACGCUGGAGCUCUUUGCCCGGCAAGAAUGGGCGGUUGUGAAGGUCCAGUCUUGGGUGCGUAUGUGGUGCAUCCGCCAGCGGUAUUGCCGGUUGCUCAACGCUGUGCGCAUCAUCCAGGCCUAUUGGCGCUGGCAUAACUGUCACACCCGUGGCUUUAUUCAGGGUGACUAUGAACUCAAAGAAGACCGACUGGAUAUUCAACUGGAAAUCUCUCUGGGCUCACAGGCUUGUAAAGUACAACAGUGCAUACCCCUUCCAAUAAAAGAAUGACCAGGUCU